UUUGCAUGCGUGUGUCCCCGAGUGCGGGAGUCAGAGCCUCUGGCGGCUGGGGGCGGGGAACAGUGAGACGAUCCGCUUUCUGCAACUCCUGCUGCCGAGCGCGGGGCUGCUUUGCCGGCACUCCGGCUCUGGCCUCCUGGAAGGCCGGCCUGGCUAGGCAAAGGUGUGCAGCUCAGUGACGUCAACUAAAUCCACGCUGGCGUGCAGCGUUGUCCUCUCAGACCAGAACUCGCCAGCUACUCUAAGCUCCUGUCUCUACGGCCUCUCCACCAUGACAGAUGGCGACUUCAGACUGUGAGCCAAAACAGAUCCUUCCUUCUUCACGUCGCUUCCGUCAGGCGCUUUGCCACAGCGGCGAGGAAAGUGACGAAUACAAAAGGCGUAAACAUCUCUGAUCAUUAAGGAGUCCUGGAGUCCUGGGCAGAGAAGGCACCCGUGGUAUAGCUUGUGGCUGCUGGCUCUUGGACCAGGUCCUUGGGGCCCGUCGUGGCAGUGAUGAAUUUUCUGAAUCCUUCAGCCUUCGGGAAGACUUUUCUGUAUUCGUUCUGGGGCUGAGGCUGCUGCAGUGUUCCUAGGGGUUUCAGGGACACAGGUCAGGGAUAUUUGGAUCUGAUUUAACCUUUACCCCAGGGGCCCAUUUAUCUGGCCUGCAGGAGCCUGGAGUGAGAGUGCAAUUGCAUGGUUGGAGGGACCCUGGCCUUGUGGCACAGUAGAGGACUGGGGGCAAAUCAUUUCCCAGCCCACCUCCCACCUCGUCAGGGUGCAGAGGGGCGGGGCCGGAGCGGUGAAGCCGGCCUUGGGGAUUUCAGGGCUGCGUUCAGCACCCCUGAGGCCCAGCCGCUGGAGGAGGGCUGAAGCAGUCGUGAGCCUGCAACCCUGCCUCGGAGCCUUAGCCCUUGCAGCCAUCCGUCUUCUUCACUGAGCACUGCAACUUUAUGCCCACGCAUAAAACUGGAGGGACGAGUCCCAGAGUUUGCAGCCGCCGCUGUUGGAGUGGGGUUUUAAUUAGCUGCAGGAUUUUAAUGAGCUGAAAUCAGGGAAGAGCCCCAUCUCAGAAGUAAGCUGGAGCCAUGCACACAAGGAAGAACUAGCCUGACAAAAACAGAUGGAGGUGGUGCUCCCAGGGGACCGGGCCGAGUGCGCCCUCCGAUAGAGGAGGAGCAGAGAAGUACCCAGGGCCAGGAGGCCCAGGCGGAAAGCCGAGGGUCAGCUACCCGCGCCCAGCUGCAGUAGUAGUGGGAAGAGCAGGGUGCCAGGUCCCCUCUAUCACCGCGGCGAGAGGCAUGGUGCCGGAUUCAAGGUGACGGCAGUGUCUGGCUCUAUUCUCCUCAAGUUGCCAUAGCAGCCUGUCUCCCGACAAACAGCAUCUCCCGUAGCCCUCAGCCGGGAGGGACGGCAUUGUUCCGCUCCUGCCUGUGUGAGGAGGACACACGGGGACGGAGAACUUUCCCGGGCCCGGGGCCCGCUGACCACGUGGGUGCUCCCAAGCUGCCUGGCGUGAGGCGUGGGCAUGGGUCCCCGCAGCCGGAGGGGUCCUCUGAGUGACCGAGAGGAACAUCCAGGCCCCAGAGCAGCGCAGCCAGGCGUGUCCUUGGAGUCUUCCGUGCCACAGGAGACUCCAGCCUGAUGGAUGUCUGGUGUGGAUAAUGAGGGAAGAACGCGCCUUUCACACCCGAGAGGUGACCCCGGAUCGUGCCCCGGAUGACCCCACGACUCGGAACCAUGCGGCUAGCCUGCAUGUUCUCGUCCAUCCUGCUGUUUGGAGCCGCGGGCCUUCUCCUGUUCAUCAGCCUGCAGGACCCUGUGGAGCUCAGCCCCCAGCAGGUUCCAGGCAUAAAGUUCAGCAUCCGGCCCCAGCAGCCCCAGCAUGACAGCCCCUUGAGGAUACCCACAGAGAGGGCGGCGAGAGGUUCACCCAGCGGGUUCCCGCGAGGCCUCCAACUGCAGGUGCCUGACCAGCCUCGACCCCACGCCAGGGCGGCGGGGUCCCGCCCGCGGCUCCGGCAGCGCAGGCGCAGGCUGCUCAUCAAGAAGAUGCCGGCGGCGGCGGGGACCACGCGCGGCAAGAACGCCACCGAGACCCUGGUCCAGCCGGGACCCCGCGCCGCGGACAGCCGCUGGGUCAGCCUGCACCAGACCCAGCAGGAGCGCAAGCGCGUGAUGCGAGAGGCCUGCGCCAAGUACAGGGCCAGCAGCAGCCGCCGGGCCGUCACCCCCCGCCACGUGUCGCGCAUCUUCGUGGAGGACCGCCACCGCGUGCUGUACUGUGAGGUGCCCAAAGCCGGCUGCUCCAACUGGAAGCGGGUGCUGAUGGUGCUGGCGGGCCUGGCCUCCUCCACCGCGGACAUCCAGCACAACACGGUGCACUACGGCAGCGCCCUCAAGCGCCUGGACACCUUCGACCGCCAGGGCAUCGUGCACCGCCUCAGCACCUACACCAAGAUGCUCUUCGUCCGCGAACCCUUCGAGCGGCUGGUCUCGGCUUUCCGGGACAAGUUCGAGCACCCCAACAGCUACUACCAUCCCGUCUUCGGCAAGGCCAUCCUGGCCCGCUACCGGGCCAACGCCUCCCUGGAGGCGCUGCGGACCGGCUCGGGCGUGCGCUUCCCCGAGUUCGUCCAGUACCUGCUGGACGUUCACCGGCCCGUGGGUAUGGACAUCCACUGGGACCACGUGAGCCGGCUGUGCAGCCCCUGCCUCAUCGACUACGACUUCGUGGGCAAGUUCGAGAGCAUGGAGGGCGAUGCCAACUUCUUCCUGCGCCUCAUCCAGGCGCCCGGGAACCUGACGUUCCCCAGGUUCAAGGACAGGCACUCCCAGGAGGCGAGGACCACGGCCAGCAUCACCCGUCGCUACUUCGCCCAGCUGUCCUCCCUGCAGCGGCAGCGCGCCUACGACUUCUACUACAUGGAUUACCUGAUGUUCAACUACUCCAAGCCUUUCUCGGACCUGUACUGAGGGCGGGGCCUGCGGGCCGGGGGCGGGCUUUGUCCGCCUGCGCACCCUCCGGGAGCUGAGCUCGAACCCUGGCCUCUGAGGAUAUGAGGCCUUGGGGUUGUGGGCGACAGAGGCCCAGGCGCUGAACCUUGACCCUCGUCCCCCCAGUCGUUUCCUUGUCGGGUUGGCUUAGCUUGAUGCUGAGCUCUCAGGUGUAUGCUCUAAGAACGCGGCCCAGCUGUGCUAACCAGGGAGGCCCGAAGCCCAGAAGAGGGCCCCGGCGGUGAGGGGUGCCCUGCAUCCCUCCGUCCUUUGCCUUGUACCAAACCACGUGGUUUGCUGCUUUUCUAUGACCCAGGAAAGGUCUCAAUAAAGCACAUGGUUUUCA